UGACGCAAAAAAUUCAUUGGCUGAGAUUCGAUCUACCGGAUUCUCUUUUGCUUUAAAUACGUUCUCAAAUUUCAAACAGUCUAGAAGAAGUGCGCUAAGGUUUGUUUCGCUAAUUGUACAACAUCAAAAGAAAGAAAGGAUGCAAAUUGUCGAAAUGAGAGUUUUUCUUUUUAUCUUUCUCACUGUCCUCAUUUGCCAUAUUUUUACGGCACCAACAGGGAAUGGAAAUCAGCCAGCAGUUCAUGUCAAAGCCAUACCAAGGUCUUGUCUUGAUCACCUAAGAGACGGGACAACAAAAAAUGGAUACUAUUCUAUUGCAGGACCAGAAGGGGAAUCAAUCCCUGUCUAUUGUGACUUUACUUCGGAACCAGGCACAGCAUGGACCAUGGUUCUGUCAUGGGCCCUCAAAAACAACAAUUUGGUUGCCUUCCAAAGCACUCCAUUUUCAGUGGACGCGCCAGUCAAUGAAAGAACGCCAAAUUGGGUCGCCUAUAGGCUCUCAAAAGCUCAAAUGAUUUCCAUCAAGGCCCAUUCAACGCACUGGAGGGCUACAUGCAGCUUUAACACGUAUGGUAUCGACUUCACCGAUUACGUCAGGGCAAAUUUUAAGUCAUUGGAUGUCAUGACGUAUCUUGGAGUUGGAAAAUGCAAGAAAGUUGAGUACAUCAACAUACGUGGUAAUGUAGCCUAUCAGAAGACCGCUAGAUUUUGGCAAGUUGUGAAUCAAUAUAUUCUCGUCAUUGACAGUUACUAUUCGGACGAUAUUUGUCAGUUUGGAGCAAAACCAAGGGCAGUUUUUAGUGAAGACAAUUUCGGCUAUUAUGGUACAAUAAACAAGAAUUUCCGAUGCACUGCCGGUCCAGAGUCAACCACCCAGUACUGGUUUGGUGGCUAUCUAUGAAGCAGUUGUCUUCAAUAAACAGUUUUUCAAUCUUUUAUUAAUAGGUUAAAUUAGCUUUGAUGUUUUAACUUUUUCGUGAUAAUAUAAGCGGCAGAGAAGCUCUGAACCCCUUUUCCAUCACGGUUGACCAAGGUGUUGUGCAAUGCGACUCCCUGAUCGCCCCUUUUGUGCUCAAGUAGAGGAUGUAUGCAGUGAACUUCACGCCGUGUAGCUAUAUGUAUUUCCAUUUUGCAUAUUAUUGUUUAUAACGAUAUUUUUCCUCUCAAGUUCUUAUGGAUGGCGUGAAGCCAUGUCUGUCGUGCAUGUCAGUUGUAUUGGUCAGGUGUCCAUUUGAAUCGGGUAAGGCGUAAACAGUAAACGGUACGGAAUGUAUCUGCCGAAAAAUUUCCACCUUUUUGGCGCCUUUCUUGCAAAGAACUGUUUACUAAGAGCAGGGACGCCGGAACGACCAAGGGGCAAGGGGGCGGGCUUGAGUAGAAGGGCAUUUGAAAAAAUUAAUUCUCAGCUUCCAACAAUUCUUUCGUAACUGUCAUUUUGUUUCGAUCUUUUGUCGGUAUCUUAAAAAUCAGCUAAAUUUUGGCAUAAGAAUUUUCUUCCCAGGUUUCGAGAAUUGUCGUCAUAAAUAAGGCACUACAGUCAGGAAUUCAUCUCAUGGAUUUCCUACAAAAGGCCGGCGUCAAGUGCACUUCUAUGAAAAGGGCACUUUAGCCCCUUGCCCCUCCUAUCAAAAGGCAACAGGGACAGUCGACCCCGUGCCCCCCUCUCUGGCGUCAUCAAUGUUGCUAAUGAUAGAUACUGAUGGAAUUCCUUAGGAAAUUAUGUUGAUGCCAAUGUGGAUAGAGGUCUCUUCAGUUGAUUCGAUUUCGUUUAUGAUCGUUUUUCCAUGGCUUUUUAUCAAUUUACUGCUAGUGGCACCACCGAUGCCUCCGACAGCUAUACUGUUCAGUUUUGUGCUAUCAAGACGCUUUAUGUGUGAGUCACCAAGCAGGAAAAAUUUGUUAUUGUUUCUUUUUUUCAUUAUUCUUAGCAUUUGCUUUCGGAGUUACCUUAAUGAUACCAUUAUCAGAGUGGUUGGCAUUGUUAGAGUUGCAACCCUGUUUCAUGAUUCUUCAACAGAGCUACAACGUCUCUUAUCGCUGUGAUUGCAUAUACGAAGUUACUAUAUUUAGAGACAAAGUCAUACAUACCGACGAGUUGAAUUUUUUUGUUAUUUACUGAAUAGUCAGCAAAUGACAUUUUUACCUUGUUCUGUUAAUCAUGUUCUGUUUAGCAUUCAUCCAUGCA